AUGGCUUGCUGGCAGCUUCUUGCGCUCCUGUUGGGCAGAUUUUUUCUUGGUGCUGUAGGAAAAAUCACACUAGGUGUGGUGAAAACGGAAGGUGGUCUUGUGGAGGGCACCUAUAAAAGAAAUGGACUUUCUGCAUCUGUGGACAUCUUCAAAGGAAUUCCUUUUGCUGCCCCUCCAAAGCGAUUUGAGAAAGCUGAGCCACAUCCUGGAUGGUCUGGCACCCUGAAGGCUAAACGGUACAAACCCAGGUGUUUCCAGGCAACUUUCACACAGACGGCUACCUUUGGGAAUGAGGAUUGUCUUUACCUGAAUAUCUGGGUCCCCCAUAAGAAAAUAGUGUCCACCAAUCUGCCUGUUAUGGUUUGGAUCUUUGGAGGAGGUUUCCUGGUAGGAUCAGGACAGGGAGCCAACUUCCUGAACAACUAUCUGUACGAUGGGCUGCAGAUUGCAACUCGAGGCAGAGUCAUUGUUGUGACCUUAAACUAUCGGGUUGGUCCACUGGGGUUUCUGAGUACAGGUGAUGCCAAUGCACCAGGUAACCAAGGUUUGUGGGACCAGCACAUGGCCAUUAGCUGGGUAAAAAGAAACAUUGCUGCAUUUGGUGGAGACCCAAAUAAAAUCACUGUCUUUGGAGAAUCUGCAGGAGCUGCUAGUGCCUCCCUCCAGACAUUGUCACCAUACAAUAAGGGGCUAAUAAAGCGAGCAAUCUCACAGAGUGGGGUUGCUACCUGUUCCUGGGCAAUUCAAAGGAACCCAUUAUAUUGGGCCCAACAGCUUGCUGACAAGGUUGGCUGUCAAAGGAAUGACACUGCUGCCAUGGUGGAUUGUUUGAAGAUCACUGAUCCUGAAGCUAUCACUUUGGCAAUUCCUCUAAAACUUACAAACUUGGAAAAUCCUCUUGUAUUCAACAUGGUGUGGGUUCCCGUCAUUGAUGGAGACUUCAUUCCCGAUGAACCAAACAAGCUCUACCACAACGCUGCUGGUAUUGAUUACAUCGCUGGUGUUAACGAUAUGGAUGGACACUUUUUUGCUGGUCUGGAUGUUCCUUCAAUCAAUAAGGCUGGAAAAACAUACCCGAGUGAUCUGUAUAAUCUCAUUCGAGGGUUCACUAUAGACACAAAAGGACAAGGUGUCAACAAUACUUAUGAGGAAUAUACCAGGAAUUGGCCUUCCAAUCCAAGUCAAGAGACCAUUAAACAGACCAUAGUAAAUCUGGAAACAGAUGUCCUCUUCUUGGUGCCCACACAACUGGCAUUGGAUCUUCAUUAUCAGCAUGCUCAGGGAGCACAAACAUUCAGCUACCUGUUUUCCUACCCUUCCCGGGCUCCUAUAUAUCCCAAAUGGAUGGGCGCUGAUCAUGCAGAUGACCUCCAGUAUGUCUUUGGAAAACCAUUUGCCAUUCCAAUUAUCUACCGAGCAAAGGACAGAGAUGUCUCAAGAAAUAUUAUCGCCUAUUGGACCAACUUUGCCCACACAGGUGAUCCCAAUAGGGGUGAAUCCCAAGUUCCCACCCCAUGGAUCCAUUAUACAUCAACAUACACCCAGUAUUUGGAAAUUAAUGAUGACAUUAACAUGAACUCUGUCAAGCAGCAGCUUCGCACAGGGUUUGUUAACUUCUGGAACCGGACGUAUCUUGCUUCAAGAAUGGUCACUCCUUAAAUCUACAUGGAAAAGCUGAUCAAUGCAUGCCUCUAAAAUAAACC